UUGAUGGUUUUUUGUCCUGAAUUAGGCAUGAUGCUGAUAUCUAGCAGUCAAGUUGGACUGGUAUCUAUCUCUCCAGCAGUCGAGUUAGACUAGUAACAACCACCUAUUCACUACUUCAAUGUAUUUUAUAUACUACACACAUAUAUGUAUACAUACAUAAAACAUACCCAAAUCAGCUGGAAGACUAUGGCUAUUGGGUCAGUAGUUAGCACCGAAGAAGACGGCAAGUACAAUGGUCAGAUAACAUCAUUCGUUGUGUUGUCUUGCAUGGUUGCUGCAACCGGAGGAAUCAUUUUCGGAUAUGAUAUUGGAAUCUCAGGUGGGGUGACCUCUAUGAAGCCAUUUUUAGUGAAAUUCUUCCCAGAUGUUUACACCAAGAUGAUACAAGAUACCACGAUAAGCAACUACUGCAAAUUUGACAGCCAACUCCUCACUUCCUUCACAUCUUCGCUAUAUGUAGCCGGUCUCAUUGCUACCUUUUUUGCUUCACCCGUCACUAGAACCUUUGGGCGUAAACCAUCAAUUCUUAUUGGUGGGGUUGCUUUUCUUGCUGGUGCUGCCCUUGGAGGCGCAGCUUACAAUAUAUACAUGCUUAUAAUCGGUCGUGUCUUUCUUGGUGUAGGAGUUGGGUUCGCAAACCAGUCGGUUCCAUUAUAUCUAUCAGAAAUGGCACCAUCAAGAUAUAGAGGAGCAUUCAACAUGGGUUUCCAAUUUUGUGUCGGAAUUGGCGUUUUAGCUGCAAAUCUUCUAAACUAUGGCACCCAAAAGAUAAAAGGUGGAUGGGGAUGGCGAAUCUCCUUAGCCAUGGCUGCUUUUCCUGCUUCAAUUCUAACAAUUGGAGCUCUUUUCCUCCCAGAAACACCCAACAGCUUGAUACAGCACAACGAGGAUCCAGAUAAGGCUAAGAAAAUGCUACAGAAAGUCCGAGGCACCGAUGAUGUUGAGGCCGAAUUUGAUGAUCUUGUGACAGCAAAUGAAAUUUCAAAAAACAUUAAACACCCUUUCAGAAAGAUCAUGAGGCCAAAAUAUAGACCUCAGCUUGUGAUGUCGAUCCUUAUCCCAUUCUUCCAACAGGUUACAGGAAUCAAUGUCAUCUCCUUCUAUGCUCCAAUCCUCUUCAGAACCAUAGGAUUUGGGGAAAGUGCUUCACUUAUGUCAGCGGUGGUAACCGGGCUAGUGGGUCUUAUCAUGACCUUUAUAUCAUUACUAAUAGUCGAUAAACUUGGUAGACGAACUAUAUUCACCAUAGGAGGCUUGCAGAUGUUCAUCUCACAAAUGCUAAUUGGUUCAAUAAUGGCAGCAAAACUAGGGGAUCAUGGUGUAUUAAGCAAGGGAUAUGGGUUUUUGGUGUUAAUCUUGAUUGCGGCUUAUGUGGCUGGCUUUGCGUUAUCAUGGGGUCCAUUGGGAUGGCUAAUUCCUAGUGAAAUCUUCCCAUUGGAGAUACGAUCUGCAGGACAAAGCAUCAAUGUGGCAGUGGGAUUCCUCUUCACUUUCAUAGUUGCUCAAACAUUUCUAUCCAUGCUUUGCCAUUUGAAAUCAGGAACCUUCUUCUUUUUCGGUGGAUGGGUAGCUGUGAUGACUGUAUUCGUGUAUUUCUUUCUCCCUGAGACUAAAAACGUGCCGAUCGAGAAGAUGGAUCGGAUAUGGAAGCAGCAUUGGUUUUGGAAGAGAUACGUGUGCGAAGAAGAUGAUACUGAAUUCAUGUAGAUAUAGGCAAUAGAACACAAGCUAAAUAUUUCGAUUGUAAUUUUGUUAUAUCUUGUAAUCAUAAAACUGAAAAUCCAGUUCGUAUGAAUGUUGCUACUAUGAAUCUA